GCUCAUUAAUGUUCUUUUUAAAUCUUAAAACCUUAGAGGUUUUGAUGGUUUUGAAGAGAAUGGCCACCAUAACAUAUGUUGGUGUGCUGAACUUUUGGAAGUGAUACUGCCAAGUGUGUAUAAUUUCAUUAUUCAUUAUGCCAAUUGAAUUGAAGGGAUUGGGCAAGUUCACCUUAGUUCUCGUAUUUGUUGACCAUGAUCUUUCUGUCCACUGAACUACUCUAGAAAGCAGGUUUCAGGUUUGGUAUAUAAUAUGUUCAUGCGAAGGUACGAAAUGGUUGGCUGAUAAAUCUCUUUGAUGAAAUCUUGAUAUGAGUAGUUAAUUCAUUAAUUUGAUAAAUCUCGUUAUGUUUUGGUAAAUCGUUGGCUUAUAAAUCUUGAUAUGAGUAGUUAAUUCAUUAAUCAAAGGCUAAACGAAGCAGUUGGAGAUCAUGAAUGUUGACACUAUCCAACAAAUUUUCACCAAACAGGACUUAUAUAAAGUCGUUGUGUUUAGCCUAAGCCAAUUAUCUUUGCAUGUCAAAGAUAUUUGGCUCUUCAUCGUCUACAAAUGCAAAACUUAGGGGUGAUUCUCCUCCAUGGCUCCUUCAUGGGUUCAAGAGCUCCAUUUUCCCCAACUCAACAUACCCAUUACCAUUAAUCACAUCUCCCCAGUACUUCCUGCAGGUCCUAUCCCAGUCACUCCUGGUCAAACCCUAUACCUCUCUAAUCUUGAUGACAUGAUUGGAUCUCGUGUUUUUACUCCAACAGUCUACUUCUACCCAUCAUAUCACAACAAGCCAGUAAUGCAGACCCUAUAUAAUGCUCUUUCUAGUGUCUUAGUCCCCUAUUAUCCUUUGUCUGGUAGGCUCCGAGAGACAGAAAAUGGAAAACUAGAAGUUUUUUUUGGACCAAAACAAGGCGCUCUCAUGGUGGAAGCUCGCUCUGAAAUGGCCUUAGCUCAAUUAGGUGACCUCACAGUACCGAACCCAGCAUGGACACCACUGAUCUUUCGAUUUCCAAAUGAAGAUCCUUACAAAGUUCUAGACAUGCCUUUGGUGAUAGCUCAGGUAACUUUGUUUAGCUGUGGAGGAUUUAGUAUUGGUUUGAGACUAUGUCAUUGCCUUUGUGAUGGUCUUGGAGCCAUGCAAUUUAUAAACUCAUGGGCUGAAACUGCAAAAAUAGGAAAACUAGUCACAAAUCCUAAGCCAUGUUGGGAUAGAGAGUUCUUCAAACCACGUAAACCACCUCUAAUCAAAUACCCUCAUGUAGAGUUUAUGAGAAUCGAUGAUGGUUCGAGUCUCACCACGACCAUAUCUCGAGAUAAGACGAUUCAAAAGUGUUAUAGAAUCAGCCAUGAUUUUCAAUCUCGACUCAAAAUAUUAGCUCAAGAGAGCUCACUAUGUUCUACCUUCGAUGCCAUGGCAGCUCAUAUUUGGAGAUCUUGGGUUAAAGCAUUGGAUGUAAGACCAACAAAUUACGAGCUGAGGUUGACAUUUUCAGUCAAUGCACGACCUAAGCUAAAGAACCCUCCACUGAAAGAAGGUUUUUAUGGCAAUGUUGUCUGUGUAGCUUGUGCCACAAGUACUGUUUCAAAGCUUGUCACAGGUAGUUUUGCUGAAACAGUGCGUUCAAUAGGUGAGGCUCGACGGGGGAUCUCAGAAGAGUAUUUGAGGUCUACUGUUGACUAUGUCGAGGUAAAACGACCAAGAAGGUUAGAAUUUGGUGGAAAGUUAACUGUAACUCAAUGGACACGAUUUUCACUUUAUGAGUCUGCAGAUUUUGGAUGGGGUAGGCCAAUAUAUGCUGGUCCUAUUGAUUUAACUCCCACACCCCAAGUUUGUGUUCUUUUGCCUGAAGGUGAGGCAAAUCUUAUUGGCAGUAGUGGUUGUGGUGGUGCAAUGAUUGUAUGUAUUUGCUUACCAGAAUAUGCUAUUGAUAAAUUUACUAAACUUUUAAGUACGGAAAAUAUUUGAAAGUUAAAAUGUUGUAAGAGUUUGUUCGAUUGAAAAUAAGCAAUAUGACAAAAUUGAGGCAAUCUUAUAUAAAAAAAACUAGUAGAAAUUGUCCAUAAAUUUUGUAUUAAUCUUUGAUUUAGUAAUACUGUUUUUUGAGUACUUCACUACAUCAUUGCUAUGGUAUGGUGCAUUUUCUUUCGACUCAGAGGAUUAUAGAUUAAAUACUGUUUGUUAUUAAUAACAGGUCAAAGUAUCUUUCAUUAAAA